AUAUUUGGCGAGUUGUUUAAUGAGGCGAACACUUUCUACAUCAGAGCAAAUUCUCUUCAAGACAGAAUUGAUCGGCUUGCUGUCAAAGUCACCCAGCUGGAUUCAACAGUGGAAGAGGUUUCACUCCAAGACAUCAACAUGAGAAAAGCUUUCAAAAGUUCCACCACCCAGGACCAGCAAGUGGUUUCUAAAGACAGCAUCCCUAACCCGGUGACAGAGAUCUAUAAUACCUGUGAUAAACCUCCUCCCCUUAACAUACUCACUCCGUACAGAGAUGACAGGAAAGAUGGCUUGAAAUUUUACACGGAUCCAUCAUAUUUCUUUGACCUUUGGAAGGAAAAAAUGCUGCAAGACACUGAAGAUAAAAGAAAAGAGAAAAGAAGACAGAAGGAGCAAAAGCGUGUGGAUGGUACAACCCGUGAGGUGAAGAAGGUCAGAAAAGCCAGGAAUAGACGGCAAGAAUGGAACAUAAUGGCCUACGACAAAGAACUUAGACCAGACAACAGGCUAUCCCCUAAUAUUUACCAAGGAGCCUCUUCUGAGGGAUCCAUGUCACCCGACACUAGGUCACAUGUAUCAGAUCUUACAGAAUACUCCUAUCCUGCAACACCAAACCACUCCAUGCACCAGCAUCCCAUGACACCAACAUAUGUUGGGUCUGGAGAUUCGCUGCAUCAUGUAGGUGCUAAUCAGGUUCACGAACACGACUACCGCUCCUCAACUGGAACACUAAGACAUGGCACUUUAAACAGACCGCAGCAGCCACCACCACCGCCUCCACCAUCUGUAGAUGGACUGCACCCACCUCCAUUAGUAUCUUCGGAGUGCAGGAGAGUGCUACCUCCUCAGAUGAUGGAGUAUUACCCUACGGGAUCCCCACCCCCGCCUCCACCUGUCAUUCCUUCAGCUCAGACUGCUUUUGUUAGUCCCCUUCAGCACCCAGUUCCAGGAUCACCAGGGGGACAGUUAUCUGGGUCUUCAUACGCACCAUCUCCUCCUCCUCCUGGAGUCAGUGUUUCGGCCUCACCUGGACCUCCCCCUCCACCACCGGGACCUCCUGCACCUACCCUAUCUCACGCUUCAUCUCCGAUGCACUUUGCCAAAGUACUAGAAGCAAAGCGGCAUGAUGGUGCGCAUAUGCUUGGCCUAACCAGCGAUGCCCGAAGCGACUUGUUGUCUGCUAUCCGCAUGGGAAUUCAGCUGAAAAAAGUACAAGAACAGCGUGAACAGGAAGCCAAGCGGGAGCCAGUUGGAAAUGAUGUAGCAACCAUCCUUUCCAGGCGGAUUGCUGUUGAAUACAGCGAUUCUGAAGAGGAUUCAGAAUUUGAUGAGAAUGACUGGUCUGACUGA